GUUUGGUCUGUUUUAUCCACAUCCAAGCGAAGGGUCCGGAGGGACUCUCAACCCUGGAUCUUCAAAGUUGCAUUUUCACUGACAAACCACAUCUAGGAGGCGUCAGAUGGACCUACGUCGCGGAAGAUGAGGACAACAUCAAACUCGACUACACCAAUGCCAGUUUCUGCAGCAUGGAGCAGACGACGCCAACAUGGGCUCAAGCCUUCUUCGAGCGUUAUGAUGUGGAUCCAAAGGAAUGCGCACAAGCUCGUUAUGAUAAGAACUUGGAAGAAGUCACGCUGCAGUUGAAAGGAGAGUCCAUCAAGGCAAAGAACACUCAGCCUGAAGCUCACACAACAUUCAGGGGAUAUAAUGCUGAGAUAUUUGAAGGUAGCAUCGGAGCACCAUGUGAAGCCCAAAAGUAA